UGCAGUCUUCGGCUUGACCCUCUCUUACCUUACUGCAAUCAUUUAGAAAAUACAUAUCCAUUCGUUAUUACCUUCUUAUUUAUGCCUCUCUCCUUGGCAUUCUUGCGUAAAAGCAUCAUUGUCUUGAAUACCUUUCUGCAAUACCACCCCAUUUGUGAUACACAUAUCUACUUCUAAUACGCUUUGAUCGACAUGAAGACUACUACUAUACUGAUUGGCCUCGUCGCCCCUCAGGCUCUUGCCUAUCCUGGCAUGGGUCGCACUCUAGCUCAAAUCCAGUCUCAUCGCGAUAAUACUAUAGUGAAAAGAUCUACAGAGCUCCUCGGCGAUCUCAAAACUACGAAAGACCAAGACUUAACACCCGCUGGGUCAUCCAUCAAGUCCGUCCUCGGAGGCGGGAGUGCUAUAGCGGAUGGUAGCACGUACAAGCCUCUCGGCGAUCUUGCAUCUGACACAUGCAAGAAGUCCACGUUAUGCGUCUGGUAUCAUAUCGUCCAAGAUCUCAAGGUAGCCUUCACCGAUAGCACUGGCUGCACAGAUCUGGCUCGUGGCGCAAUUCGUCAGGGAUUCCACGAUGCCGCGGCUUGGGAUAAGGACUCCUCCCAUGGGGGUGCCGACGGAUCUCUUCUCCUGAGCGACGAGAUGUCUCGUGUCGAUAACUUGGGGCUUGAGGAUAUCGCAGCUCAGACCAAAGGCUGGUACAGCCAGUACAAGGCAUAUGGCAUUAGCAUGGCCGACUUGAUACAGACUGCCGCCAUGACUGCGACAGUAUCUUGUCCUGGAGGGCCCCGCAUCAAACAUUUCGUUGGCAGAAAGGACGACAGCAGAGCAGCUCCUACCGGAAAGCUUCCGUUUCCAUACCAAGAUGCCGACGCCCUAGUCAGGCUCUUCGCGGCAAAGACGUUCACGUCGAACGACUUGGUCGCUCUGGUCGGCGCUCACACCGCAUCGAAGCAGAAGUUCGUCGAUACGAGCCGCAAGAAUGCUCCGCAAGAUAGCACGCCUAAUGUCUGGGACACCAAGUUUUACUCGGAGACUAUUGCCGGGGAUAACAAAACCAUCUUGAUCUUCCACAGCGAUAAGAGCAUCUCCUCCUAUUCAGGAACCCAGGCGCAGUUCAAGUCCUUUGCCGGUUCAAAUGGCAAAUCCCUUUGGUCUCCUGCAUAUGCUCAGGCAUACUUUCGCAUGAGCUUUCUUGGGGUUAACAACUUGAACAACCUCACGGAUAUCAGCCAAGUCAUCCCUUUGUCACAAUAGGGGUUACACGAUUGCUAGUUCGUGGCUUUCUUACGCGAUGGACAUUUAUGAGUUCUAUGUUUUCCUAUGUCUAAAAGUAUU